CACUCGCCCUUUUUUUACUCCCCAGAAAUAGCAGUGGUGCCAGGGAAGAAGUAGAAGUAUUGGUUUCUAGUAGCACGCACACCCGUCCCCCUCACCCUGCAUCUUUCCCGGCUGCUGCUGCUGCUGCUGCUUGCUCACAGUCACAAGCUCGGCUCUUCUCCGGUUCUCCCUUCACUAAGCUAAGUAGUCGAUAGGUAAGCUGCCAGAAGCCUCACCCCCCAAUCCCCCAUAACCCCCCAUCAUGGCCAUAACCACGAUGUGUCACCCCACCACACCGCCCCCUCCGCUGCUGCCCCCCUAACCCUGGUUGCCCUGCACCCCCCACCCCCACCCCCACCCGUCUCAUUAAUCACUUCGCUCCCUCGGUUCGCUCGGCUCCGCGUGGUGAGGUGCCGGCUGCUUCCAUUCUCGUGCUUCGCGUCCAACGCCGCCGCGAUGACGGGGAUCGACCUCAACGACACCGUGGAGGAGGACGAGGAGGAGGCGGAGGUGGCGCCCGCCGCAGGCAACAACUGCUCACAGUCCCAGCAGGGCAGGACCAGCUCCGGGGCCACGGGGCCGCCGAGCGCGGUGUGCCUCGAGCUGUGGCACGCGUGCGCCGGCCCCGUCGCGCCGCUACCGCGGAAAGGGAGCGUCGUGGUGUACCUCCCGCAGGGGCACCUCGAGCACCUCGGCGACGCCGCGGCGGGCGGCGGAGGCGCACUGUCCGCCGCCGCCGCUGUGCCGCCCCACGUCUUCUGCCGCGUGGUGGACGUCACCCUCCAUGCGGACGCGUCCACGGACGAGGUGUACGCCCAGCUCGCGCUGGUCGCCGAGAACGAGGAGGUUGCGAGGCGGCUGCGCGGAGUGUCGGAUGACGGGAGCUGCGGCGGCGACGCCGAGGACGGGGACACCGUGAAGCAGCGGUUCCCGCGGAUGCCGCACAUGUUCUGCAAGACGCUCACGGCCUCCGACACCAGCACGCACGGCGGCUUCUCCGUGCCGCGCCGCGCCGCCGAGGACUGCUUCCCGCCCCUGGAUUACAGUCAGCAGCGGCCGUCUCAGGAGCUUGUCGCGAAGGAUUUGCACGGCACCGAGUGGAGGUUCCGCCACAUCUAUCGAGGCCAACCCCGCAGGCACCUUUUAACCACCGGAUGGAGUGCGUUUGUCAACAAGAAGAAGCUUGUCUCAGGGGAUGCCGUACUAUUUCUGCGAGGAGAUGAUGGGGAGCUACGACUUGGAGUACGCCGUGCAGCUCAGCUUAAAAUUGGAUCUGCUUUUCCCGCGCUUUAUAAGCAGUGUUCAAAUCUUGGUACACUGGCUAAUGUUGCACAUGCUAUGGCCACGAAAAGUGUGUUCCACAUCUACUAUAACCCCAGGUUAAGUCCGUCUGAAUUCAUCAUACCCUACUCUAAGUUUAUGAAGACCUUCAAUCAACCAUUUUCUGCUGGGAUGAGGUUCAAAAUGAGAUAUGAAAGUGAAGAUGCUACAGAAAGAAGAUAUACCGGGAUAAUAACAGGAAUCGGCGACGCGGACCCUAUAUGGCGCGGUUCAAAGUGGAAAUGUUUGAUGGUGAGAUGGGAUGAUGAUGUAGAUUUCCGCCGACAAAACAGGGUUUCUCCUUGGGAGGUUGAACUGACCAGUUCAGUUUCAGGAUCCCAUCUGUCUACACCAAAUUCGAAGCGGCUUAAACCAUGUCUUCCCUAUGUUAAUCCAGACCACCUGGUUCAACAUGGAAGUGGUUGCCCCGAUUUUGCGGAAUCUGCCCGAUUCCACAAGGUCUUGCAAGGUCAAGAAUUAUUGGGUUAUAGAACUCAAGACAGUACUGCUGUUGCUACUUCUCAGCCAUGUGAAGCAAGGAAUAUGCAGUACAUUGAUGAGCGAAGUUGCUCCAAUGAUGUGAGUAACAGUAUCCCCAGGGUUCCAAGAUUAGGUGUUAGUAGAACACCACUAGGAAACUCUGGGUUUUCCUACCAUUGCUCUGGCUUUGGGGAGUCUCAAAGAUUCCAAAAGGUCUUGCAAGGUCAAGAAGUGUUUCGUCCUUACCAGGGAACUCUGGUUGAUGCGUGUAUGAGAAAUGGUGGUUUUCAUCAACAAGAUGGUCCUCGUGCGCCUAGUAUGGUGGAUAAAUGGCAUGCACAAAUUCAUGGAUGUGAUUUUCGUGGGUCACCAGCACCAGUGCUUCCAUCUCAAUCCUCAUCACCAUCUGUCCUAAUGUUUCAACGAGGUAAUUCAAAGAUGUCCCAAUUUGAAUUUGGGCAUGGCCACUUGGAUAGGUAUGAGGGUGCUAAACAUGCUAUGUUUGUCCAUGCUGAAGGUAUUCAAAGAACAGAGCAAAUGUUGAUGCUCCAGCCUCAUCAUGUUUCUGGACAAGCGGUAGAUGGACAUGUCACAGUUGAGAAAUUGCCCUCAAUUGUUGGUAUUGGAAAGGAUGGACCAGAUAACAGGGAAGUUCGCACAAAUAGUUGCAAAAUAUUUGGCAUUUCUUUGACUGAAAAGGUUCCGGCUAGAAAAGAAACGGAUUGUGGUGAUGCUAAUUAUCCAUCUCCGUUCCAGUCUUUGAAGCAACAAGUGCCGAAAUCCCUGGGCAACACUUGUGCCACUGUUCAUGAGCAAAGGCCAGUUGUUGGCAGGGUGAUUGACGUUUCGACCAUGGACAUGAUGAUCUGAUCUGUUAGCUUUAUAUAUUACUGUUUUCAAAUUAUCCUGGAGGUGAAGAAAUGCUAGGCCUGCUAUCGUCUUCAUGGACUAAGCUGUCGUGUAGUGUGGUUAGGCUCAGGUUAAAUAUUGGGCCUGAUGAAGAUGGAUGGAUCGAUCAAAGUUUACAUCCUAGUUGUAAGUGUUGGAGCUAUUAGUAUGGCAUGUGCCUUGCUUGUUAUCAGCCUUUGUUGCUGCUAUGAACUUUAACUGUAUGUUUCUAAGUUGUAUCCUAUGACAAGCCCAUUUAUAGAGGGUUUGUAUGUAUUAGCAUCGUUCUAGACUUCCAAGUAUUACGAGACCAUAAUUUGCAUGGAGUUACUUUGCUCCAUUGGCUCCAAUCUUACUUCGCCUAUUCUUA